AUGAGCACUCUCAAGAGAAAAGACGCCCCCGGAGGCGAGAGACCCGAAAAGAAGGCCAAAAAGACAAAGGAUAUCUCAUCUUCCAGCAGAGAUGCGAAGCCUUCCACCACCAAGCCCGCCGCCGACAAGCCCAAGUCGGUUGUCUCUAUCCUCAAGGAUGAAGAGCCCAUGUUUCCCCGAGGAGGUGGCAGCGUUCUGACGCCCCUCGAACAGAGGCAGAUUCAGCUCGACGCCAAGGCAGACGCCAUGCACGAGGACGAGUUCGACACGGCCACCAAGGGCGCCAAGAAAAAGAAGACCAAGGCUGCCGCGAAGAGCGCAAAGACGACCGGGUCGAAGAAAGCCGAUGAGGACUCUGUCAAGGUGGAGAGUCUCAGUUUUAAGAAGCUCGUCAAGGGAUCCCUGGUCCUCGGUCAGAUCUCCCGUAUAAACCCCCUCGAUGUCGAAGUCACCCUCCCCAACAACCUGAUCGGCCACGUCUCCAUUGUCGCCAUCUCGGAGCAGCUUACCGGGAAGCUGGAGCGCGCCGCUGCCGACGACGAUACCGAAGAGGAGGACGAGGAUGCAGACGACGCCAAUGUCGACCUCGCCUCGUUCUUCACCAUUGGACAGUACGUCCGAGUCUACGUCGUUUCCACAAUGGACGAAGCCGCCACCUCUGGCAAGGGAAGGCGCAAGAUUGAGCUCUCAAUGCGUCCCACAGAAGCCAACGCUGGGAUGGGGAUGGACGAGCUGGUUGCCAACACCACCGUCAUGGCGUCAGUUAUCAGUGUCGAGGACCACGGUUGCGUCAUGGACAUCGGUAUCCCCAACGUGAGGGCCUUCCUGCCCAAGGGCGAGAUCGACCCGGCCACCAUAGCCGAGGACCGCCUCCAGACCGGCGCUGUCCUCCUUUGCUCCGUCACUGGAAAGGUGUCUAGCGGCAAGGUCGCUCAGCUCUCCCUUCUCGACAAGCGCCUGCGCAACGUCAAGGCCGUCCCCUCCGAGGCCACCACCAUCAACACGUACCUCCCUGGUACCUGUGCCGAUAUCUUGGUGACCAACACCGACAGGCGCGGUCUUGCCGGUAAGAUCAUGGGCCACGUCGAUGCCACGGCCGACCUGAUCCACUCGGGCGUCGGCCCGUCCGGUGUCGACCUGGAUUCCACCUACAAGAUUGCGACCAAAGUCAAGGCUCGCAUCAUCUGCACGUUCCCUACAGCCAAGGAGCCCAAGCUGGGUAUCUCGCUCCUGCCGCACAUCUCCACGCUGGGGAGGAAGCUUCCCAACAAGAGCAAGAAGACGCCGACAGAAGUCCUGCCCAUCUCAUCCCUCGUCGAGAAGUGCACCGUUAAGCAUGUCGAGACCGAGAUCGGUCUCUUUGUCGACAUCGGCGUCCCCGACCUGAGCGGCUUCGUCCACAUUUCCCGCGUCAAGGACGGAAAGGUGGACGCCCUGUUCGAGAGCAGUGGACCUUACAAGAAGGGCUCGGUCCACCAGGGUCGCGUUGUUGGAUACAACGAGAUGGAUGGCCUCUUCCACCUGUCAUUUGAGAAGACUGUUCUCGAACAGCCCUUUAUUCGUCUUGAGGAUGUGCCCAUUGGCGAAGUAGUCAACUGCGAGGUGGAGAAGCUCGUCAUCGACGGAGAGGGUGUGUCUGGUCUCAUCCUCAAGGUCGCCGAGGGCAUCACCGGCUUUGUCACCGAACGCCACCUGGCCGACGUUCAUCUUCAGCACCCUGAGAAGAAGUUCAGGGAGGGUAUGAAAGUCAAGGCCAGGGUCCUCUCCACGGACCCGCCCAAGAGGAGGAUGAAGCUGACGAUGAAGAAGACGCUCGUCAACUCCGAGGCCCCCAUUAUCAAGUCGUACGAUGAUGUGAGCGUCGGCAUGCAGGUUCCCGGAACCAUCAUCAAAAUACAGUCCAACGGCGCCCACAUCCAGUUCUACGGCAACCUCAAGGGCUUCCUCCCCGUGGGCGAGAUGAGCGAGGCAUAUAUCCGUGACCCGAACGAGCACUUCCGCCUCGGCCAGGUCGUCUCGGUCCACGUCCUCGACGUCGACCCCGAACUCAGGAGGCUCGUGGUCUCGUGCAAGGACCCGGCUGCAUUUGGCCUUGACAAGCAGGCAGCCCUCAAGAAGCUACAGGUCGGCGACCUUGUCAAUGGCAAGGUGACGCAAAAGACUGAGGACCAGGUAUACGUCGAGCUUGCCGAUGGUGGUCUGAAGGCCAUGCUUCCCGUCGGACACCUGACCGACAAGUCCAUGUCCAAGAACCAGUUCGCCAUGAAGCGCAUCAACGUCGGACAGUCCCUGUCGGAGCUCAUGGUGAUUGAGAAGGACGACAAGCGCCGGGUCAUCAUCCUGACGCAAAAGCACAGCCUCGUGGACGCUUCCAAGAACAAGAAGCUCCUGACCACCUUUGAGGACGCCAAGGUAGGCGCAAUUGUUUCGGGAUUCGUCAGGAACAUUACGCAGACGGCCGUCUUUGUCCAGUUUGGCGCCCACCUGCUCGCUCUGCUGCCCAAGUCCCGCCUGCCGGCCGAGACUCACACCAAGUCCGACUUUGGCUUCCACAAGAACCAGUCCAUAGAAGUCAAGAUCAUCUCGGUCAUCCCGGACCUCCACCGCAUCAUGGUGGCCUUGCCCUCUGCGACUGACGACGAAGAGCCUACUUCUAAGAAGGCCAGCCACAAGGCUGCCCCUGCCCCCGACGACAACCUGACGGAAGGCAGCAUCACCAAAGUCAAGGUAUCGUCCAUCAAGGAGACGCAGAUGAACGUUCAGGUCCUCAACAGCGAGGUCCAGGGCCGUAUCGACAUCUCGCAGGUCUUUGACAGCUGGGACGAGAUCGACAACGCCAAGGAGCCCCUGACCAAGUUCCACCGGGGCCAGGUACUCAGAGCCAAGGUUCUGGGCGUGCACGACGCCAAGGACCACCGCUUCCUCCCCAUCUCGCACCGCUCGACGCACUCGACCCUAGAGUUCACCGUCAAGGACAGCCUCCUCAAGGCUAGCGGCGCGUCGGAGCCCCUCUCGCUGGAGCAGAUCAAGGUUGGCGACCAGCACAUUGCCUUUGUCAACAAUGUGACGCCGGCAUUUCUGUGGGCCAACCUGUCGCCAAAGGUACGCGGCCGCAUCUCCGCCAUGGACGCGUCCAACGACUUGUCGCUGCUGAGCGACCUGCCCGGCAACUUCCCCCCGGGCUGCGCGCUCAAGGUCCGCGUCACGGCGGUCGAUGCCGACAACAGCCGCCUCGACCUGUCGGCACGGUCGGCCAACGCUGCCGCUGCCAUCACCUGGGACUCGCUAAGGCCCAACAUGACGCUUCCCGGACGUGUCACCAAGGUCAACGACCGUCAGGUGCUCGUCAACCUCAGCGACACCGUCUCUGGUCCCGUGCACCUGCCCGACAUGGCAGACAGGUACGACGACGUCAACACGCUCAAAUACAGGAAGAACGAUAUUGUGCGUGUCUCGGUGGUUGAGGUUGACAGCAGCAACAAGAGGCUGCGGCUGUCGAUGCGCCCCUCGCGCAUCCUGAGCUCAGCCUCGACCGUGACCGAUCGGGAGAUCACCGACUUCUCGCAGGUGCACUCGGGCGACAUUGUCCGCGGCUUCGUCAAGAACGUGUCGGAUAAGGGCCUGUUCGUCCUGCUGGGUGGACAGGUGACGGGCCUCGUCAAGAUUGCCAACCUGUCGGACCGGUUCCUCAAGAACUGGAAAGACGAGUUUCAGGUCGACCAGCUAGUCAAGGGUCGCGUGCUAUCGGUGGAAGCGGCGACGCGCCAGCUGGAGCUCAGCCUCAAGUCGUCAGCCUUGGACGAGGACUACACGCCUCCGGUGACGCUCGCGGAGCUCAAGGAGGGCCAGGUGGUCACGGGAAGGGUGCGCAAGGUGGAGGACUUUGGCGCCUUCAUCCUGGUGGACAACUCUGCCAACAUCAGCGGUCUGUGCCACCGCAGCCAGAUGGCCGAGAAGCCCGUCGAGGACGCCACCAAGCUCUACAAGGAGGGCGACGUGGUCAAGGCCAUAAUCCUGAGCAUCGAUGCUAAGAAGAAGAGGAUCAGCUUUGGUCUCAAACCUUCCUUCUUCGACGACGAGGACGAAGACAUGGACUCGGACAAUGACGGCGCUCUCCUGGAAGAUGGCUCGGACGAUGAAGACAGCGAUGCCGAGAUGGCCGACGGCGGUGCUGCCCUGCAGAUUCUCGGUACCGACAACCAAAUGGAUACGGAUGAUGACGAGGAUGAGGACGAUGAUGAAGGUGAUGAUGAAGGUGAUGAUGAUGAUGACGAGCCGUCCACGCCCAACGGUCUGGGAGCCGGCAAGAAGUCAGCCUGGUUAGCCGAUCCCUUUGCCGAAGAGGAGGAGGCAUCGUCUGGCUCGGACGACGAUGACGGCGACGACGACGACGACAAGAAGUCUUCCUCCAAGAAGAAGAAGGGCGGCAGCAAGAAGUCCUCUGCCGAGGUAGACCGCACAGCCGACCUGGACGCCAAGGGCCCCCAGGCGGCGAGCGACUACGAGCGACUCCUGCUGGACCACCCCGACUCGUCGGAGCUGUGGAUCGAGUUUAUGAUCUUCCAGAUGCAGGUCGGCGACCUGAGCAAGGCGCGUGAGGUGGCGGAGAAGGCGGUGCAGAGCAUCAACAUGAAGGAGGAGGCCAGCAAGCUCAACAUGUGGGGGGCGUACCUCAACCUCGAGGUGCAGUACGGCAACAAGAAAACUGUCGAGGACGUCUUCCGUCGGGCCUGCCAGGUCAAUGACGAGCAGGAAGUGUAUGAGAGGUUGGCCAGCACGUAUAUCCAAUCUGGAAAGUUGAAGGAGGCCGACGCUCUAUUCGAAAACAUGGUCAAGAAAUUCGGCUACAAGUCACCAAACGUGUGGAUCAACUACGCACACUUCCUACACGUGACGAUGAACGACGUGAAGCGCGCCCGCAGCCUCCUCGGGCGUUCGCAGCAGCAGCACGGCGCCGACAAUGUCAACCUGAUCAGCCGCUUCGCGGCGCUGGAGUUCCGCUCCCCCAACGGCGAGCCGGAGCGCGGCCGGACCAUGUUCGAGGGCAUGCUGGCGACGUGGCCCAAGAAGGGCGACCUGUGGAGCCAGCUGCUAGACCUAGAGAUGGGCAUCGCUGAAGAUGACCAGAGGGGCGGCGGCGACCUGACGCCCGUGCGUGACGUGUUCGAGCGGAGGACCCGCGUCAAGGGUCUGAAGCCCAAGCAGGCCGAGAGCUGGUUCAGACGCUGGGCAGCCUGGGAAGGUAAGAGGGACGCCAAGGGUAAGGAGAAGAUUAUGGCCAAGGCGCAGGAAUGGGUAGUCGGGCACAAGUUGAGAAAGGACGUCGAGGCUGCUGCUGCUGCCGCUGCUGCCGACAUGGAAGAGGAGUGA